AUGGCAAAUUGUUACUACGGGAAAAGCGACAUAGAAUGUCUUCAAAUUGAUCAAUUGCUGAACCUCAUUUCGGAUUAUCUCGACAUAUCGGGGAAAGUUUUCCUCGAAGCAGAUAAAGAUAAGAAGGCGGAGCUGCUGAAAAGCUGUAAGGGACCAGACACACAACGUUACUUCGGGUACUUUGAGAGGCUUCUCAAACAGAACGGCACCAGCUUCUUCGUCGGAAAGGAGCUUACCCUGGCUGAUAUCGCAGUGUUUGACCUCGUCACUGGAUGGAUGAAGAACUUCAUGGGCCCAAUAGACAACUUCCCGUUGGCCAACGCUUUAGUGAGCAAAGUCGCGGCCAAUGACAAGAUCAAAGCGUACGUGGCAAAAAGGAAAGUAACUGAAGGCUGAGAGGGGAAGAUACUGGAC